AUGAAGCUCAGAUACCCUUUUGUUGCCGACAGGCCUCUCGCAUGGCAGAUCCGAGAAUUCAUCGACAACAUUUUAUCGGUGACACUUCCAUACCUCCGAAUGUUCAUCCCUAACUUCAAAGCUGCCCAUUAUUCUUACAUUGUGUUCUGGUCAAUUAUCGGCUCCAUCAUGAUAUUCCCAGUGAAAAAUAUCAAAUACAUCGAUGCCUUGUUCUUCGCAUCAGGAGCUUCAGCACAAGCCGGCCUCAACACUGUCGAUGUAAACCUUCUUCUGUUGUGGCAACAGAUGUGCUUAUACAUUAUCGCUACUUUCACCACUCCCAUUUUCAUCCACGGGUUUGUUUUAUUUUUCAGGUUAUGGUCGUUCGAACGGUACUUCGACAACAUCAAAGUGACGUCCAAAUUGAAUAACAAGAUGCGGCGGACAUUUACCAUGGGUUCAAGAACCAGAACCAAUGAUUCUACUGGUAUCAACACAAGAGCCAAUACCGGCUACAAUCUUCAGCUAGGAAACAAUAACAAUAUUCCGAUGAUGACUUUUGAGGACCCACCCAAAGACGACGACCAGACGGUGAUGGAUACGACGCCGCCGUCGUCAUCAACCCAGGACGCCAGUACGAACUUGGACCCACAGGUGGACCAUAUGAGUGAACCGAGCGAUGAGGAUGAGCAGUCUUCCCGGCCCCCGCGGUCACCGCGCGAACACCAGCCCCGCCUGGUGCCGUCACCUGUACCGCCCAUAAAAAAGAGGAACCACGAAAUCGCUCCAUCCGAGAUGUACAGAUCGAUCAAUUUGCUCCAAAAAAAUAACCAGCAGCAUGAAGAUGACGAUGAGGUGUUGAUCAUCAAGUCGCCCAACCAGAUCGAAAAUGAGGACUCGUCUCGACCGAUUUUCACCAAAAAGGGCCCACUGCUUCUGUUUGAACCACCCCAUCGGUUGAUGAGCACCCAAAAACUCAAGACCAGAGUCCGCAAACGGUUCAAGAAAAUCAGAAGCAUGUCGGUGAACUCGCUUGAAGAUGAAAACGACUCCAUUGACAGUAACGACGAAGGCGAAGACGAAGACGGCAUUGACGAAUUAGACGAGUCUGAGGGCGGAGAUGGCGAGGUGGAGUCGGAGGUAUUUUCCAACGACGAUGAGAGCGUUGACCAGGUGCGGCGGGCCACGUCCAACCUCGCCUUGCCCAGCACUGAUCAGAGCGGUAAAAAAUAUGCCAAAAGAUCCAACACAUUUGAUGUCAGAACCUCAGCCGAUGAGACCCCGGCUGCGAAAACUCAUAGACGAAACGUUUCACGGUCUCGGUUCAACUUGACCCCAGGGGUGUCACGGUCCAGCCUCGACGAAGAGAACUCACUCUUCACGAGCAUAUCUCGAACUUUGACCACUUCGCUCACGCGGCUGAAGACUACAAACUAUUUGAGUUGGGAACCAACCAUUGGAAGAAACUCCAAUUUUGUGCACUUGACAGACGAACAGAAAGAGGAGUUGGGAGGUGUGGAGUACAGAGCCAUGAUUCUCUUGAUCAAAAUCGUGUGGCUGUAUUAUAUUGGGUUUCAUGUUCUUGCGUUGGUGGUUCAUCUUGCGUGGAUUCUGAAGCAACCAGCUUACAAGGAGAUGAUUCGCAGCUACGGUGUAACUCCAGUGUGGUGGAGUUUUUUCACGGCUCAGACCACCUUCAACGACUUGGGAUUCACCUUGACACCCAACUCGAUGAUCGGGUUCAACAAGUCCAUCUAUAUUCUUUUGUGGGAUAGUUUUUUAAUUAUAGCAGGAAACACCGGAUUCCCGGUGUUUUUGCGAUUCAUUAUUUGGGUGCUCUACAAGUUUGCCAGACCCAUGUCGCUUUACGAGGAGAGUUUGGCGUUCUUAUUGGACCAUCCUCGGCGGUGCUUCACGCUUUUAUUUCCUAGUGGGCCUACGUGGUGGUUAUUUGGUAUUCUCAUUGCCUUGAAUGGAAUCGAUUGGAUUUUCUUUAUCAUUUUGGACUUGAAAAACCUGUAUUUAUUGGACAUCCCCACCGGGUUCCGAGUGGUGUGUGGGCUUUUCAAUGCUGUCAACACCAGAACUGCUGGGUUAUCGGCAGUGGAUUUGGGUAAACUUCACACGGCAGUGCAGGUGAGUUAUGUGAUCAUGAUGUAUAUUUCCGUGUUGCCAUUGGCCAUUUCCAUCAGAAGAACCAACGUGUACGAAGAACAGUCGUUGGGGAUUUACAUUAAGGAUGAGAACCAUGUGGAGGAGGAUCAUGAAAAGUCCCCCACCAACUUUAUUGGAAACCACUUGAGAAACCAAUUAUCUUUUGAUUUGUGGUUUAUCUUCUUGGGACUCUUCAUCAUUUGCAUUGCUGAGAACUCCAAGCUCGACAACCAGGAUAUCCAUUUCACUGCUUUCACAGUAUUGUUUGAAUGUGUUAGUGCUUAUGGUACAGUUGGGUUGUCAUUGGGGUACCCGACCGCCAACACUUCGUUGGCGGGCCAGUUUACGGUGGUGUCCAAGUUGAUUUUGAUUGCCAUGAUGAUCAGAGGAAGACAUAGAGGGUUGCCCUAUAGUUUGGAUCGAGCGAUUAUGACACCCAAUGCCAAUAUGAUCAAGAGAGACCAGGUACAAGCCGAGCAUGCCAUAAGAAGACAGGCAACAUUAGAGCGUACACAGACACAGGCCACCAAUUCUGCCUCGGGCAAUGACUUGUUCAAAGCGUUAAGUAGGAGAGGUAACGAGAUUCUUCGUAGAAGACGCUCCACUGCUGGAGGCUCAUUUAGUUAUAAUUAAUAGUCGCACCGCGAAAAAUAUUUCAUCUCAUCA